AUGGCGCCAUCCCGUGGUCCCCUGCCAAUUGCUCGAACACUCCAUGCUACUCUCAGUUCUCACAAAGGGCCCGUCAAUGUGGCCAGAUACUCCAAGGGAAGCGCGAAAUACAUAAUGACUGGUGGCCAAGACCGCAGCGUGCGUCUCUGGAACGCGACGUCGGGAACAGAGAUCAAGGCCUUCACUGCACACGGUUACGAGGUGCUGUCUCUCAGUAUUGCGCACGACAAUGCACAGUUCGCUUCCUCAGGGGGAGACCGUUCGGUUUUCGUCUGGGAUGUGGCUACUGGUGUAACGACACGCCGGAUAUCCGGACACAUGGGGAAGAUAUACACUGUUGAAUAUAACGACCAAGCCACCGUGCUAGCAAGCGGCUCAUUCGACACCACCGUCAGACUAUGGGAUCUACGCGCUAUGAAUCGUCAACCCAUACAGACUUUAGACGACGCUACAGAUGCUAUCCAAGCUCUUCAUGUUGGAUCGACAUACAUUGUCACCGGUUCCAUCGACGGAUACGUUCGAACGUACGAUCUUCGCAAGGGAGAAUUCCGGUCCGAUUUCAUAGGCCAAGCUGUCACCUCCGUCAUGCCAACACAAGAUGCGCAGACCCUGCUUGUGACCUCAUUAGACUCACAUAUCCGUCUGAUGGAUAUGUACACGGGGAAGAUGCUCAAUGACUUCACCGGGCAUCUCAACGCGUCGUACCGAUGUAGGGCAUGUUUCGGCCACGGUGAAGCGACUGUGGUGUGUGGAGAUGAAAAUGGGAAAGUAUGGGCUUGGGAUUUAUUGGAUGCCAAACCCAUGCCUCCGAACCCACCGCCGAAGGUACAUCAGAAAAUUGUCACCUGGACCGAACAUCAUCCUACGGAUGCAGGUGAAUUGAUUACUGCGAGCGCGGACGGGGCUGUCAAAAUCUGGAAGCAGCCUGACUUAAGUUAG